AUGAAGAUGACUAGAUUUGGAAGUAAGACGUUUUUUGAAAAAUUUACGACCAAACGAAAACAAAAAGAAAUAUGAAAAAUUGAAAAAAAGAGAAACAAAGAAUAGACAGAAAUUGACGAGAAUGCAUUCAUACGGCAAACGUGCAUGCACACAGCCGCGCUGGCACUCGAGCCCCGCGCAAAUUUAUUAUUUUUUUUCAUUGGUUACAGAGCUUUUUCUGUUCUUUGUUUGUUAGUUCAUUUUUUUCUCAAGUAACUUUUUUUCAAAAAUUUUUUCCAGUCAAAAUGGCAACGGCGAGCCGUUCUUCAGCGGCUAAUCCACUUAAAAACAAAGUGGAUGUUAUUGUAACCAGAAAAACUCAGCUUGGAUAAAGUAAGUUUGUGGAACGAAAAAUGAAAUUGAUUUUCGAAUUUAGGACUUUAUGGGCGUAGUUGAAUACGUGGCCCCUCUGGUCAACGAUAUAGAACUCGACAACUAUGCUGAACGAAAACUGACAAGAAAACUUGAGAAAAAGCAAAUUGAUCUAAGGAAGGAGUACGUUACGGAUUUGGAAAAGGUGUGAUUUAUUUAGCAUUGCUUUUCUUUUGAUAAUAAAUUAUUUUUAUUUUAGGUGAAUAAACUGGUACAAUCUGUCGACGAAAUCGUGCAGAAUAUGAACAAAACUUUCGUCAAUUUAACGGAUAGAAUAGAACACGUCAAAGAAACUAACACAAAUCUUUUGCAAGAGACCCGUCGACUCCAAGUUUUGAAGUGCGUUAGGUUUAGCUUUCUUGAAAAUUCUUUCUUUUCCAGGAAAAAAGUAGAAGCGAAGAAAAAAGCCGUUGAAAGUUUCCUCGACAAGUUUUCGUUGAGUGAUGCAGAGAUCGACGCUCUUGACUGUGACCAAAAAGGUUAGCUUGAUCGAAAGUCUUAAUCAUCUGGGAAUAGAUAACCGUCUUUCUCCGCAGUUUUUCUUGGCUUUGCAACAUGCCAAGGAAAUUCACAACGACAGCAAGGAGCUCAUCACAACUACUGGAAAUCAUUUAGCAGCGUUAGUUCCGGAAGAAAAAAAUUCUGGAAAAAAAUUUAAAUUUGCAGCAUCGAAGUUAUGGACGCUAUGGAAAAAAGAAUGAAGGCAGCUUAUACAACCAUCUUCUCCAAAAUCACUCGUAAUUCAUGAUUCAACAAAAAGGUUACAUAAUUCACUUUUCAAGGUGAAUUUCGACUCCUGAAUUCGGAUUUCAUCGUUGCAAAAUGUGUGAUUGUGCGCUCACUCUGCUGCCUUCAAGAUUUUCCUUAUAUGCUUCAACUUACUCUCGGUUCGAUAAACUUUUUUAUUCUCAAUAAGAAAGUGCUCAGAUGAAUACGCGACAAUCCGAGGCAACGAAGUUCUGAGACAGUACAUCGAAGCGCUCACCAAAGGCCCACACGGCAGUGGAAAACCCAUCGAACUCAUGAGUCACGACAAAAUGAGGCAAUUUUUGCAUUCUUAGAAGUUUAAUAGAAAACUCGAAAUUCAGGUACGUAGGAGAUAUGCUUGCGUUUAUGCUGGAAGUUACGGGAAAUGAAAUGGACCUUCUGGAACAACUUCUUUCUGAAUGUGACAAGAAAGGUGCUUUAUUUUUUCUAUUUUUUUUGUUUUGCUUCUGAAAGUUCUGAAAGCUAGAAAUAUAAUAUGACCGCCCAAAAACUUUUUGCAAAUAAGCCAGAUUUUUUUGACAUUUUUUUAAUGCCUUUUUGUGUUUUAUACUUGCGAUUUUUGUUGCAGCUGACGACUGCUGGAAGAUUUUUUUAAAUAAAUACAAUUUUUCUUCUAAUACUUCCAGAAAGAAACUUCAUUUUUUUCAGUUUUGGCCUCUAACUCGGCUCAGGUGUUGAACAACAGCACGAAGUCAUUUUGUGCCCCCUUCAAGGUUUCAAUAAUAAAUAAAAAAACUGUAUAAAAAAACAUUAAAAAUUUUAGGUGAGAGUGGAGCAAUCUUUGUCGACAGAAUCGGAAUGUGUUCUUUUGUUCCGCAUCUCUAAUUUAUUUUCUUUCUAUGCGCAGAAGUUUCGGUAGAUAUUUCAUUUUUUUUUUCUAAUAAAUCAAGAAUAAUCUUUUCAGGCCGGUGAUUGGCGAAGGAAGUGAACUCGAAAAAACUUUAGUCGAUCUUCACUCGCUGUCGAUGACCAUGUUCUACGCAGGCUUAAACACAUCCGUGCAAAAAAUCUUGAGCAAGGUUUCCGAAAAAAACACAAUCGAUUAUCAUUUUUUUUUCUCAGAUGAGCGCUCCAGACUACGACCUUCUGCCCGUUCAAGCAGUUCAUCACUGUUUGAUGUUGCUCAAGGAAGUUCUGGACACUCAUGACGGAGGAAUGGGAAGUCGGCCGGACGCUAAGGAAGAUUUUCAAAAGAUUUUUGAGUUUGUCCUCGAUCCUCUCACAAGAGAAGUUCAGUUGACCGCGACACAACUUCAUUCGCCUUUAGGUAACAGAUCAUCUCAUUCUUUUUCCAGAACGCAAAACGUUUCAGAUGUUGCUGUGUACACAUUGAACUGUUUGUCUGCGAUUCAGUCAGUGGUGGUCCUGUACCAAUUCGCUGACAAAAGAUUGGAAAUGAUCGAUGCAAUGGUGAGCAAUGUUUUCAAGCAGGACUAUAUUUUUUGUAGAUUGAAAGUAAUGCGGACGUCCUGGUGUCAGAAGAGGUUGCGGAAGUUCUCAAACAAACGCGAAUCCUCAAUAUCUACCAGAAAGCAUCCGCUCAUCAGAAAGAGCAGGUAUCACUUUCCGAAUCAAUAUUUUUCAAGUAAAAUCGUACGAAGAUAGGAAUACGACUUUGGUCAGACAGGCAACGUUUUUUUUUUGGUAACAGUGCAAUUCUGUAUUCAGGAAAACCUCGAAUGAAAAAUUAAUGGUUUUUUCAUAGGUGGUUAUCAAAGGUUCCAUCAAACUUCAGGGUUUGAAUUAAAGUUUUCGGAUGUAUGCAGUUCAUAGUUUUGUGUAAAAGAAGCUUAUUUGCGAUAAUUUUCGAGCUUAAUAAACUGCUGAUAAAUUUUUCGAUGAUUCCUGAAAAAAUUUAAAAAUGACUGUUUCUUAGCGUCAAAAAUCAUUGAUAUCAACAAAAAAAGUUUUUAGGGCCCACUUUCCGCUGUUCCUGGAAUGGACAAGGCUACGGUUGCUGAAGUUCUCAUCAACUUUUCAGUUUAUCUACACAAUCCAAGCACUUGUCAUCUGGACCACGCUUCAAAAAUAAGCAGCUCCAGGAUCCGGUAAAGCUAUUUCAUUACACCAUAUCAGGAUAAAACAAAUAAAUUACUAAAAAAAACUUUUUUUUUUCAAGUUUUAGAUGCUAUUUACCUUUUAAAAAAACUUAAUAAAGAUUGUCUCAAGAUAGCGUUAAUUAUUGAGACCAAGAUUACGGUAUGUUUCCAGAGAAUCCGUUCGACGACGCAGCGUCACUGAGCUCAUCAACGUUUACAGCUGCUUGGCGGCAAAGUUCUCUGAGCCGAACAAUGGGUACCUUGGCGACGAAAAGUUCAAUUUUUCUUCCUGUGGAACAAGUCACUCAGCUUCUUGA